AUGGCUCCUAUACAGAAACUGGGAAUGCUGCUUGCAGAUGAGGCUUGUUUGCUUGAAGGAGUGGAGGAAGAAGUUGAUUCUCUCCAUAGAGAACUGAUAUUGAUCAGUCCUCCUUUAAGGAAUGCCGAUAUGAGAUCCCAAGAAAAUGAAGGAGUAAAAGAAUGGCGAAAUGUUGUGUGGAAGAUAAAGGGAUUACCCAACAAAGUCAUUACUCAACACAAAUUAGGAAAGCAAAUUGAAGAGAUCAAAAGAAGGUUCAAUAAGCUUGCAUUUGAUAGAUUGAGGUAUGAGAUUCAAUCUAUAGAUGAUGAGGAAACUGCACAAGAAGAUGAGGUAGCAAAAAUUCUGAUGAGAGAUGAGCCUCAAGGAAAGCUUGGUGUUGUUUCAAUUGUAGGAAUAUGUGGAUCAGAAUAUAGAGUAGGAGAUCUUCUGCAGGGCAUGUUAAAACAAGUUGUAGAGCUGACAGAUGUGGAGAAAAGGGACUUGCAGUUGAAGGAGGGAGAAUUGGAGAGAAGUCUCUAUGAAAAAUUGAAAAAUAAGAGCUACUUGAUUGUAGGAAGUGAAGAAGUAAAUCUACCCAAAGAUACUAAGGAUCUAGCAAAGAAAAUUGUUACCAAGUGUGAUAGAUUACCGCUUUCUAUUGUCGUAUUGGGGGGUCUCUUAUCUACAAAAGGGAAGACAGUUGCUGUGAUGACAAAAUUACUUGAGAGUGUGAAUUGGAAUGGGAAUCAAGAAUCAAAUGGUUAUGAGAUUCAUUAUGAUAAAUUGAUUCGAUUAUGGGUUGCUGAGGGAUUUUUACAAUCACGAGUGGAUGAAACCAUGGAAGAUGUGGCUUCUGAUUGUCUUGCAGAGCUAAUCCAAAGGAACAUGAUUCAAGUUGUGAAAUGGAGAUCUAAUGAAGCACCUGAAUUAUGUCGUAUUCAUGGUCUACUUCGAGAUUUGGCUAUUUCAGAAGCUAAGAAAGACAAGUUUCUCAACAUUUCUUGGAAUUACUGUUUGGAAUCUUCGAAAGGCUAUCGUUGGCUAGCCUUCCACCCUUGCAAUUGUUCAAUUAAUAGACAUUUUGAACUACUGAGGGUGUUGGAUCUAGAGGGUGUACCAGGGAUUUCAACCCUACCCAAGGAAAUUGAAAAGCUCAUCCUUCUGAAGUAUUUGAGCUUACGAAGAACAAACAUUCAGAUUCUUCCAUCUUGGAAGCUACCUGAACAUAUUGAUUUCCCACCAAAUCUCACCAGCCUACAGUUGGAUUCAUUACAUCUAACCGAUGAUCCGAUGGUAACACUUGAGAAGCUACCCAACCUGAGGGACCUCACCUUGGAUUGGUUUAGAGGUAUGGAUGGUGGAAAAAGGAGCAUUGCCUAUGCUGAGGUUUUUAAAUAUCAAAAUGAUCUAUUAGUUAAAAAUGCUUCCAGAUGGGUUGAGACAUAUAAGAACCCUUGA